AUGAAUGAAGAACAUGAUGCAUCAGCACCACAUCAACUGCCACCAUACGUUGAAGAAAGCCUUGUCAAGAAAGAGAUACAAACGAGUCGUGAUGAAGCGCGCAACGAUCAGUGCAAUAUGGAAUUGAAACCAAUGGCGUCGAGCUCAGGAAGCGAUCAUCACAGCAUAUUUUUAUCGCCUAUCCCGAUCGUAAAGACAAAUUUGUGA